UUACGAGCUAAACCUAAAAGCACAUCUCUUGCGAUCGCAGCCGCCCCCAAUUCGUCUAUCUUGGCCCUUCUGUCCUCCUCCCCCAAUCCGUUUUCUCUCACACUUACGCCUCUCAUCACUCUCUCCAACUCAAGACGACUAUUCUGUAUUGCAUGCUUGAAGAUGAACAGGGAGAGACUUAUGAAGAUGGCAGGUGCCGUUCGCACUGGUGGAAAGGGCAGCAUGAGAAGAAAGAAGAAGGCUGUACACAAGACUACAACCAUGGAUGAUAAAAGGCUUCAGAGCACAUUGAAGAGAAUAGGAGUCAAUGCCAUUCCUGCAAUUGAGGAAGUCAACAUAUUCAAGGAUGACAUAGUUAUCCAGUUUGUAAAUCCCAAAGUUCAAGCAUCCAUUGCUGCCAAUACAUGGGUUGUCAGCGGCUCUCCACAGACUAAGAAAUUGCAAGAUAUUCUCCCUCAAGUUCUCAGCCAUUUAGGUCCUGAUAAUUUGGACAACCUGAAGAAGUUGGCAGAGCAGAUCCAGAAGCAGGCACCGAAUGCUGGUGCUACGGCAACUGCAGCGCAAGAGGCUGAUGAUGAUGAUGAGGUUCCAGAGCUUGUGGCUGGGGAGACAUUUGAAGCUGCUGCAGAGGAGGGUAAUUCUGCUGCUACUUAGGAAACAUAGAGAUAGGUUUUGUGCUAUUUACGCACUUCUAUGUUUUCUAAGUUGUUGCGUUUGUAGUUAUAACUUAAUACUUUGUCUUCUAUAAAUUGGAUGGUUGUAUGAUGUUUUGACCUAAUUUAUACUUUUUGAGCAGUUUC